AUGGAGCUUCAGCCUCUUAAUAAUUUAAGCCAAAGCUCUUACACAUAUUUUCCAGCGCUUUCCACAAAAAAGCCAGGAUUUUUUUCAAAGACUUUCUUCACAUGAGUAAAAUCGAUCCUUGAUUUAAGUAAAAAGAAAGAUGUUACCGUAGACGAUACUUACCCUCUCCCAGAUGGAGAAAAAGCAGAGAACGAAGAACUUACCAAGAACUUGAAAAAGCACAAGCUUUUUUGAGCCAUUAUACGUUCCAAUAUAAAACUGAUACUUUUAUCUGUUUUUCUAGGAAAUGUAUGUGCAUUGCUAGAUCUAUCAGCUCCGUUGUUUAUUGAUUGGCUAUACAUUAAAAUGGCGACGGUGAGCCAGCCCUAUUCUCAACACUUGCAGCCGUAGGCUUGAAAGGCCGCGGGACCUUUUGGAAGAGAAAUUGACGCUCGGUAAGUAUAUCAGACUAAGUUACUUGUUUUUUUGGUCGAGCUUAAUAUCGAAUUUUGUCGACCCAGUCUCACUGCAGAUCAAAAGGUUUUGCCUCACUCCCCCCCUUUAAAUUGGAACAAAAAAUUUUGUUACAAUUUAAAGGGGGGUUAAGAUGUUUUUUUAUAAAAAAAAAAAUUUAAUAUAAAAUUAUUUAUAUAAAAAAAAUUUAUAUAAAAAUUUCAAAAAAAAAUUUCAAAAAUUUAUCGAAUUAGAUUAAUAAAUUUGCUUACUCCCCCCCCCCCUCCGUGAGCGAACAAAAAAAUUUUGUUCGCUCACGGAGGGGGUUUAAUUUUUUUUUUUUUUUAAAAAAAAUUUAUAUAUAAAUUUUAUAAAAAAUAUUUUUUUUCGAAAUUUAAAAAAAUCCUAAUUUGCAAAAAUUGGGAAGCAAAUAUUAAUUUAAUUUGCAAAAUUUAUGUUUUAAAACGCAAUUUGGUUAAAAUUAAACAGAAUUAGCUCUAGAUUUCAUUAUACUAAUUAUCACUUAUAUAUCAAAAUUUUUUUUCCAUUAAAAUUUUUUUCUAUUAAAAAAAUUUUUGUUCACUCACGGAGGGUGGGUUUUUGGUCAAAAAAUGGCGAUUUUUCUAAUGGUUUUGUUCGCUCACGGAGGGGGGGGGGGGAGUUAAUAAAAUACUAUUUGCUCUUUAUCCUUUAAAGCAAAGCAAGAUAUAACUAAAUUUUUUAUUAUUAGUUAAUACACCACUAUUAAUUAGUAUCAAAACUAUUUACAUAAAAAUUAUUAUUUUUUAUUGAUAAAAAAUAAUUUAGAAAAUUUAUAGCCCAGGGCGAUCAAAAAUCGCUCCUGGGCUAUAUCGAUCAAAGUGCUAAUUUUGUUAAAAUAAGAUAUUAUUUAUACUAUAUUCUUAUAAAUAAAGCAAGAAAUAAGUAAAUCUUGAAUUUUUGUAAAGAAUUCGCAUUGAAUUUAUAUCAAAAUUAUUUAAAUAAAAAUGCUAUUCUUAUUUAAAAAAAUAAAAAUUUAGCGAUUAAGGAUAAUAAAUUUAUUUAAAGAAGAUGCUAAUUUAUACUAUUUUCUUUAAAAAAAACAAGAUAUAACUAAAUUUUAAAUUUUAGUUAAAGAAUAAACAUUUAACUUAUAUCAAACUUUUUAAAUAAAAAUUAUGAUUUUUUAUCUAUAAAAUUUUUUAUUAUAAAAUUAAAUUUUGUUCCAAUUUAAAGGGGGUUAAUUUACAAAAAAGUGGAAAUUUUACCUAUAUUUUGUUCCAAUUUAAAGGGGGAGGAGUCAGUGGAAAUGGGAUUCAGAUUUUGAAAGGGGUGGCUCACGACACUGUGGGUGACUGCACGAUCCAUCGGACACUUCUCCAGCGCGGUACUGGGCGUUGUAUCCUACACUUUAGAUUUCCAUUUUAGCUGACUACUCGACUAGAAAAUUUGUUAUUCAAAUUUUCGGAGCAACCUCUUUUAACGUCAAAGUGGCGCAACUUAUCCGAUUACAGGUAGCGAGUGCUAGCCCUUGUCUGUAGGAGCAAAGGUUUAAAGGCCGUGUUAGGAUUGGUGGCGGCUAGCCGAGUGGAGCAUUAUGGGUAGUCCUUCUGGAAUUACUGCGGGCUUCUAUUUAAGUUAAUUAAUUUUAACGUUAAUGUUUAUUGAUUGACUCAUUUCUUAUAUUGAGUCUGAUGAGAAGCCUCUUAUGACAGGGAUCUAUAUUUUAUCUAGCUUUUCAAUUGUUAAUAUACUAAAUCAGAUACUAAAAGGAAAAGUGAAAUUUAAUGACAUGCUCAUUGAGAUCAGAGUAAAAAAUUCUUUGUCAAAUGCUAUUUAUAUGAAAGUAUUAAAAGCUUCAAAACCCCCUGAAGGCCUUGGAGUAAACAUUCUUGAGGUGGACGCAGAAAAGAUUUACUCUGUAUUCAUCGACCUUGGGCUCUUCAUCUCAUGCCCAGUUCAAGCUGUUUUAUCGAUUUAUUUAAUCUACCUGCAAGUUGGAUCUGCGAUUUUUGCUGGAUUAGGAGUCAUGCUAAUGUGUCUGGUGCUAACUCCCCUCUACCUUGAGCGAACAAAGCCAUUGGAAAAAUCCCUAUUUUUUUGACCAAAAACCCUUCCGUGAGCUAACCAAAAUUUUUUUAUGAAAAAAAUUUGAUAUAUAAGUGAAUGAAAUUUCUAACUAAUUCUAUUUAAUUUUGGACAAAUAAAUUUUACAAUUUAAAUUUGUUUUCCAAUUUUUUCGAAUUGGGAUUUUUAAAAUUUUUUUUAUUCGCUCACGGAAGGGGAUUAAGCUAUUUUUCCUCUUCAUUGCUUGAGAAAUACCAAACUAAAUUGAUGACAAUAAAAGAUGAAAGGAUAGAAGUAUCUUCUCAAUUCUUAGGAAAUAUCAAAAUUAUCAAAGCCUAUGUAUGAGAAAACUUCUUCAAAAAUCUAAUCCAUGAUAUCAGGAAAAGAGAACUUUCUUCUCUAAAAUCGUAUCAUUUAGCUUAUUCAGCCUCAUCAUAUUUAUUCUGGUCAACUCCAAGCAUAACAGCAGCAUCUGUAUUUAUCUACUACACACAAAUUAUGGGAGAGUCACUAAAUCCAGGAGUCACCUUUGUAACUUUAACGACUUUGAUCAUUCUUCAGGACUCUCUUCAAGUAUUUCCUUAUAUACUAACUAGCUUAAUUUUAUGCUUUGUAAGCAUAAAAAGAGUGCAAAAGUUCCUUGAUGUCAGUGACUUGAGUGAACUUCCUAAAGGCGAUACUGUCGAAAUCAAAAAUUGUUCAUUUGAGUGUGAAGGCAAAACGCUAUUAAAUGACAUUAGCCUAAACUUAAAGAAAAAUGAAUUCAUCGCUAUUGUUGGGCCAGUUGGGAGCGGGAAGUCAUCACUUCUCAAUGCAAUUAUGGGAGAGCUCAAGGUCAAAUCUGGGGAGAUUCGUGUAAGUGACCAAAUUGCGUAUGCGCCUUCUUUGGAAUCUUGGCUCCAAAACGACAGUUUGAGGAAUAAUAUUUUAUUUGGAAAGCCAUAUAAUGAGAGCUGGUACUCAAAAGUCAUAGACGCUUGCUCGCUAGCACAAGAUAUAAAUUCGUUACCUGAUAAAGAUUUAACAGAAAUAGGAGAAAAAGGUAUCAAUUUAAGCGGGGGACAAAAAGCUCGAGUAUGCUUAGCAAGAGCUGUGUAUGCUGAUAAAGAAAUCUAUCUCCUUGAUGAUCCGCUAAGCUCUGUUGACAAUUUUGUAGCCAGCUCAAUAAUGAAUAACUGUUUUCUUAAUCUCCUCUCUAACAAGACACGAAUUCUUGUUACUCACCGCUUGAAUAUCUUAGACAAAGUGGAUCGUAUUAUUGUUUUAGAAGAUGGAAAAAUAAGCCAAAUUUCUGAGCCUGCUUCUUUGAGUAUUCAAGAAUCACUUAUCGAGAAGGAUAAUUCUAAACCCCAAGAAAUUCCCCAUGAACCUAAAAAGCUGAUAGAAGAUGAAGAAAAAGAGUCAGGAAAAGUAAGCAGUAAAGUAUAUAAGGACUACUUUAAAUUCUCAGGCGGAUACACUAUACUAGUUUUAGCUUGUAUAUCCAUAGUUCUCUGAACUGCAACUCGAAUGUCUGGAGACAUAGUCCUGAAAGAAUGAAGCAGCAAUCCUAGUGAUGCAUUCACACUUCUAGUUUUAUAUUUAUGCUUAAGGAUUGGAGGAGACAUUUUAAUACCUUUAAGAGCGAUUUUACUCAAUUAUAUCCUUGGAAUCCGAGCUUCUCAAGCUAUUCAUGACAAAAUGAUAGAAUCUUUCUCAAGGGCACCAGUCAAUUUAUUCUAUGACGUGACACCAAUAGGGAGAAUUUUAAAUAGACUAAGCAAGGACAUGGAUGAGAUUGAUGGGAGUGUGCCUAAUGCUAUUGGUUACAUAAUAGUCCUGCUGGGAGAGACCGGUGCUGUAAUUUUAAUGGCUCUCAUAUAUAUUCCAUAUCUAGUUUUCGCAUUGCCUUUAUUCAUUUACUUUGCGCUAAAGAUAAAAGAUGCGUACUUAGGAGCUUCAAGGGAAUUGACAAGACUGGAGGCAAUCUCAAAGUCUCCAAUUCUCAAUCACUUUUCUGAAACAUUAUCCGGCGCUAAACUCAUUCGAGCCUUUAAACAAACCGAAAAUUUUCACGCUAAAAACUAUAAUUUAUUGAAUAAAAAUUCAAAAAUCUUAUAUUGACUAGGAGCAUGUGAGUGCUGAAUUAACUUAUAUCUUGGACUUCUGAGUUCUGCCUUUAUAUUUAUUUUGCUUUUUGCAAUUAUUAUGCUAACUCCCCCCCCUCCGUGAGUGAACAAAAUAAUUUUUGUUCACUCACGGAGGGGGGUUUAUUUUUUUUUUUUUUAAAAAAAUUUAUAUAUAAAUUUUAUAAAAAAUAUUUUUUUUUUCGAAAUUUAAAAAAAUCCUAAUUCGCAAAAAUUGGAAAGCAAAUAUUAAUUUAAUUUAUAAAAUUUAUGUUUUGAAACGCAAUUUGUUUUAAAAUUAAACAGAAUUAGCACUAGAUUUCAUUAUGCUAAUUAUCACUUAUAUAUCAAUUUUUUUUUCCAUAAAAAAUUUUCUAUUAAAAAAAUUUUUGUUCACUCACGGAGGGGUGGGUUUUUGGGCAAAAAAAUAGCGAUUUUUCUAAUGGUUUUGUUCACUCACGGAGGGGGGGAGUAAGAAACGAUCUAUCUGCUGCAACUGUUGGAUUAUGUCUAGCUUAUGUUGUUCCCUUGCCAAUAGACAUGCAUUAUUUGAUUUUUGAUUGAGCAUAUUUGGAAAAUUCAGUAAUCUCAGUUGAAAGAGCUGAACAGUAUAUGAACAUUCCUGCGGAAAAGCCAAGUCAGUUGCCGACAGAUAAAAAUUUAGUUCGGUGGCCAGAGAAUCCAUCAAUUGAAUUCAGAAACGUUUUCAUGAAAUAUAGACCUGAUACACCAUAUAUUUUAAAAGGAGUAAACUUUAAAAUCGAAGGAUCAAAACGAAUAGGAUUUGUAGGGCGGACUGGAAGUGGAAAGUCUUCUGUAUUUCUUGCCCUUUUAAGAAUUGUUGAAAUCGAUAAAGGAAUAAUUUUUAUUGACGGCGUAGACAUAUCACAUAUAGGGUUAGACAAACUGAGGUCAGCAAUUACACUAGUACCUCAAGAUCCAUUAGUCUUUUCUUCCACUCUAAGAAAGAAUUUAGAUCCGUGUCAACUGAAAUCAGAUGAUGAAAUAAAAAAGGCGUUGGAAGAAGUAAAUCUCUCAAAAUUCUCAAUUGACCACGAUAUCAAAGGUAGUGGGUCAAAUUUAUCAGCUGGAGAAAAACAGCUCAUCAGUAUAGCGAGAGCCAUGCUUGCCAAUACAAAAGUUAUUUUAUUUGACGAAGCAACUGCUGGAGUUGAUCAAGAGAGUGAUCAUGAAAUCCAGAAUUUAAUAAAAGGAAAGAUUUUCGGCUGCACUAUUCUCACUAUCGCCCACAGACUCAUAACAGUUAUGGAAAACGACUUUAUUAUUGUGAUGCAAGAUGGAAUUGCUGCAGAAAUAGGGAACCCUGAGGAGUUGCUGCAAAAAGAUUCACUCUUCAGAAAAAUCAAAGAUCAGAUUCAUUAA